GUUUCUGGGGUCAGAAUAGUCCCCUUCACUGAUGGUGUCUCCUUUAACCCAGGUGUCCCCGCCAUGGCCGGUGAUUCCAGGAAUGCUAUGAACCAGAACAUGGAGAUCGGGGUCGCUCCCCGGGACCCCAGGAAGGUCCCCAAACAGGCUCGCGACUACCCGCCGGUGGCCACGGACCGCACCCGCCUGCUGGCGGAAGGCAAGCAGCCCCGGCAGCGCUACAUGGAGAAGAGCGGCAAGUGCAACGUCCACCACGGCAACGUGCAGGAGACCUACCGCUACCUCAGCGACCUCUUCACCACGCUGGUGGACCUCAAGUGGCGCUUCAACCUGCUGGUCUUCACCAUGGUCUACACCGCCACGUGGCUCUUCUUCGGCUUCCUCUGGUGGCUCAUCGCCUACACCCGCGGCGAUCUGGACCACGUGGGCGACAAGGAGUGGGUGCCUUGCGUGGAAAAUCUCAGCGGCUUCGUGUCCGCCUUCCUGUUCUCCAUCGAGACGGAAACCACCAUCGGGUACGGCUUUCGGGUGAUCACCGAGCGGUGUCCCGAGGGCAUCGUCCUCCUCAUGGUGCAGGCCAUCCUGGGCUCCAUCGUCAAUGCCUUCAUGGUGGGCUGCAUGUUUGUCAAGAUCAGCCAGCCCAAGAAGAGAGCGGAAACCCUCAUGUUCUCCCACCACGCGGUCAUCUCCAUGCGCGACGAGCGCCUCUGCCUCAUGUUCCGCGUGGGGGACCUGCGGAACUCGCACAUCGUGGAGGCCUCCAUCCGCGCCAAGCUCAUCAAGUCCCGGCAGACCAAGGAGGGCGAGUUCAUCCCCCUGAACCAGAUCGACAUCAACGUGGGCUUCGACACGGGCGACGACCGCCUCUUCCUGGUGUCCCCGCUCAUCAUCUCCCACGAGAUCAACGAGAGGAGCCCUUUCUGGGAGAUGUCUCGGGCCCAGCUGGAUCAAGAGGAGUUUGAAAUCGUGGUCAUUCUGGAAGGGAUGGUGGAGGCAACAGGCAUGACCUGCCAAGCGCGGAGCUCCUACAUGGACACAGAGGUGCUCUGGGGCCACCGGUUCACACCGGUCCUCACCUUGGAAAAAGGCUUCUACGAGGUGGACUACAACACCUUCCACGAUACCUAUGAGACCAACACGCCCAGCUGCUGUGCCAAGGAGCUGACAGAAAUGAGGCAGGAAGGCCGGCUCUUCCCUCACCUCCCCAGCACCCCCCUGCCGGGAAGCUGUGCUACAGCAGAGUGGGAGGCAGAGGCUGAGCAGGAUGGAGAGGAUGAGCCCGAGGGCCUGGAAGCGUCCCGGGAGACCAGGGGCUCGGUGUAAGGGCCACAGCCCCCCUUCCACUGGCUCCUGUG